AGCUCGUACUUAGUCACGAGCGGCUGGUGCUGUCUCUCGCGCGUUCCGAGCAGUGAACGUGAUUACUCGUCUGAUGGCAUUGAUCUACCCUCGCUCUUUCUCUGGAGUGGUUAAACAGCCGGGCAUUUGACCGUUUUUUUAACAGGCAGAACCACCAGUCAUCCUCCACACUGACUGAGCGACGUGCUUGAAACAUACAGAGGAACAGGAGGCGACCCGUUUGUGGGCAGAAUGCGGGCGCUAUCCGUGGUGCCGAAUCCGCUGCUGUUUCUACUGCUGUUCAGCUAUUAUCCUUCUGUGACCAUCAAGCCUAAGGAGGGCUGGCAGGUAUACUCCUCGGCCCAGGAUGCAGAUGGCAGGUGUAUCUGUACGGUGGUGGCUCCUGAACAGAACCUCUGCUCCAGAGACGCCAAGGAGGGCCAGCUCCACCUGCUAAUGGAGAAGGUGCAGAACAUGUCCCAGUCCAUCGAGGUGCUGAACCUGCGGACCCAGAGAGACUUCCAGUACAUCAUGAGGAUGGAAGGCCAGUUCAAAGGGAUAAGGUCAAAGUUCAGACAGAUAGAGACCGACAGGAAAACACAGGUCAACAGAAACUUCCAGGAGUUGAAGGGUAAGAUGGAGGCCCUACAGCCUCUGAUCCCUGUGUUGAAGCAGUACAAGACAGAUGCCCAGCUCAUCUCCCAGUUUAAACAGGAGAUCAGGAACCUCUCCAUGGUGCUCACAACCAUCCAGGAGGAGAUAGGAACCUACGACUACGAGGAACUACAACGGAGGGUCCUGAAUCUGGAGAACAGGCUACGCAACUGCAUGAGCAAACUCACUUGUGGUAAACUGAUGAAGAUCACUGGACCUGUGAUGGUGAAGACCUCUGGUACACGGUUUGGAGCUUGGAUGACUGAUCCACAGGCCUCCCCUAGAAACAACCGGGUCUGGUACAUGGAUGGCUACACCAACAACAAGAUAGUCAAAGAGUACAAGUCCAUAGCAGACUUUGUUUCCGGGGCCGGGUCUCGAACCUACAACCUGCCGUUCAAGUGGGCCGGGACCAACCACGUGGUGUACAACGGCUCUCUGUACUACAACAAGGUCCAGAGCAACAUCAUGGUGCGCUACCACUUCGAGACGGGCCGCGUGGUGACCCAGAGAGCCCUGGAGAACGCCGGCUUCCACAACGUCUACCCUUACACCUGGGGAGGCUUCUCCGACAUAGACCUCAUGGCCGACGAGCUGGGCCUGUGGGCCGUCUACGCCACCAAUCAGAACGCCGGAAACAUCGUCAUCAGCCAGCUCAACCCGGAGACGCUACAAAUCCUCGGAACCUGGAACACGGAAUAUUCCAAACGGAACGCGGGGGAGUCCUUUAUGAUUUGCGGAACACUCUACAUCACCAACUCUCACCUGACUGGUGCUAAGGUCUACUAUUCAUACUCCACCAAGACCUCCAGCUAUGAGUACACAGACAUCCCCUUCCACAACCAGUACUUCCACAUGUCCAUGCUGGACUAUAAUGCCAGGGACCGGGCACUGUACGGCUGGAACAAUGGACACCAGGUUCUGUUCAACGUCACGUUGUUCCAUAUCAUCAAGACAGAGGACGAUUCCUGAGGAGGAGAACCUCAGAGGAACUCAAAGGAACCCACCGGAACGAUUUAGUUACCGGAGUGUAACUCCAGUUCUAUGAGUGGAGCU